ACUCGUCCCAUUGUAACAUCACAUAACAAAACUCAUUCAUUUGUUUGAAAAGCUUAGAGAUUGAAAGUUAUAUUAUAGUAUUUUUUUUUUUUAAGAAGAUAAUCAUCAUGUUACUGGAAAAAAUUGUGGAAGUAAUCUCUGGGAAAAGUGAAAAUGUAAAAAAGGUUAAAGGAACAGUUGUGUUGAUGAAGAAGAAUGUAUUGGACUUUAAUGAUGUCAAUGCCUCUCUUCUUGAUGGAGUACUCGAGUUCCUUGGGAAACGCGUGUCUUUGCAGUUGAUCAGCGCUGUUCAUGCUGAUCCUGGAAAUACUUUACAAGGUAAACGUAGCAAUCCAGCAUACUUGGAGAAGUGGCUCACUACAGGAACCUCAUUAGUAGCAGGUGAAUCUGCCUUUGACGUUACGUUUGAUUGGGACGAUGAUAUUGGCGUACCAGGGGCAUUUAUUAUCAAUAAUUUCCACUUCAAUGAGUUUUAUCUCAAGUCACUCACCCUUGAAGAUGUUCCUAAUCACGGCAGCGUUCAUUUUGUCUGCAAUUCUUGGGUUUAUCCUGCUAAAAGAUACAAAUCAGAACGCAUUUUCUUUGCUAAUCAGGCAUAUCUUCCGGGUGAAACACCAGAACCAUUGCGCAAUUACAGAGAAAAAGAGCUAGUGAACUUAAGAGGAGAUGGAAAUGGAAAGCUUGAGGAAUGGGACAGAGUUUAUGACUACGCGUUAUACAAUGACUUGGGUGAUCCAGAAAAAGGCAAACAGUAUGCCAGGACUAUCCUCGGAGGAUCUGCUGAGUUUCCAUACCCUCGUAGAGGAAGAACAGGCAGAAAGCCAACAAAAGCAGAUCCUAAAAGUGAAAGUAGGAUUCCACUACUUAUGAGUUUAGACAUCUAUGUACCAAGAGACGAGCGUUUUGGACACAUUAAGUUGUCGGACUUCCUGACAUAUGCUUUGAAAUCCAUUGUUCAGUUCCUUAUCCCCGAGUUUCAAGCUCUCUUUGAUAGCACACCCGAUGAGUUUGAUAGCUUUGAGGAUGUAAUGAAACUUUAUGAAGGAGGAAUCAAAUUGCCCCAAGGCCCUUUUCUUAAAGCCCUUACUGAUAGCAUUCCUCUAGAGAUUCUAAAAGAAAUUAUCCGAACCGAUGGUGAAGGAAAGUUUAAAUUCCCAACACCUCAAGUUCUUCAAGAGGAUAAAAGUUCAUGGAGGACUGAUGAGGAAUUUGCAAGAGAAAUGCUUGCCGGAGUAAAUCCUGUCAUAAUCAGCAGACUCCAAGAAUUCCCUCCAAAAAGCGAGUUAGAUCCUGAAGUAUAUGGCAACCAAAACAGUACAAUAACCAAAGAGCAUAUAGAGAAUACACUAGAUGGGCUAACGAUCGAUGAUGCAAUCAAGACUAACAGGCUUUACAUACUAAACCACCAUGACAUCCUUAUGCCAUAUGUGAGGAGAAUAAACACAACAAACACAAAACUCUACGCCUCAAGAACUUUGCUAUUCUUGCAAGAUGAUGGAACAAUGAAGCCUGUAGCAAUUGAACUAAGCUUGCCACAUCCAGAUGGCGAUCAUCUUGGUGCUGUUAGCAAAGUUUAUACCCCAGCUAAUCAAGGUGUUGAAGGUUCGAUAUGGCAAUUGGCUAAAGCUUAUGUUGCAGUGAAUGACUCCGGUGUUCAUCAGCUAAUUAGUCACUGGUUGAAUACACAUGCAGCCAUUGAGCCGUUCGUGAUUGCAACAAACAGGCAACUAAGUGUGCUUCACCCAAUUCAUAAGCUUUUACAUCCUCAUUUUCGUGACACGAUGAACAUAAAUGCUUUGGCAAGACAGAUCUUAAUCAAUGCUGGUGGAGUUCUUGAGAUGACAGUUUUUCCUGCCAAAUAUGCGAUGGAAAUGUCAGCUGUAGUUUACAAAAGUUGGGUUUUUCCUGAACAAGCACUUCCAGCAGAUCUUAUUAAGAGAGGAGUGGCCGUAGAGGACUCAAGUUCCCCACAUGGUGUUCGCUUGCUAAUUCAAGACUAUCCUUAUGCUGUUGAUGGCUUACAAAUAUGGUCAGCAAUCAAAAGUUGGGUAACAGAGUAUUGCAACUUCUAUUAUAAAUCAGAUGAAUCACUUUUGAAAGAUAAUGAACUCCAAGCGUGGUGGAAGGAACUACGAGAAGAAGGACAUGGUGACAAGAAAGAUGAACCUUGGUGGCCUAAAAUGCAAAUUCGGCAAGAGCUAAUAGAUUCUUGCACUAUUAUUAUUUGGAUAGCAUCAGCACUUCAUGCAGCAGUCAAUUUUGGGCAAUAUCCUUAUGCAGGGUACCUCCCAAAUCGCCCAACAUUAAGUCGAAGAUUCAUGCCUGAGCCAGGAACUCCUGAGUAUGAAGAACUCAAGACAAAUCCUGACAAGGCAUACUUGAAAACAAUCACUCCUCAACUACAGACAUUACUAGGAAUUUCUCUCAUAGAAAUAUUAUCAAGGCAUGCAUCAGAUGAGAUUUACCUUGGACAACGGGACUCAUCCGAAUGGACAAAGGAUCAAGAAUCCAUUGCUGCUUUUGAGAGAUUUGGGAAGAAGUUAAGUGAGAUCGAGGAUCAAAUUAUACAGAUGAAUGGUGAUGAGCAAUGGAAAAAUAGGUCAGGGCCUGUUAAAGUUCCAUAUACAUUGCUCUUCCCUACAAGUGAACAGGGACUCACAGGCAAAGGAAUACCUAAUAGUGUGUCAAUAUAGUACUUUCAUUUAAAUCUACAUCGUCAAGUUUCAUUUUUUUUCUUUUAUUCAAUUACAACCUCAAGUUUGUGUGAUGUAACUUUUUCUUAAUAUAUUUCUAUAUAUAUAUAUAUAUGUAUUAUAUGCAUUGGUAGAA